CACCACCCUCCAAACCUCUCUAUCUCUCUCUCUCUCUCUCGAAACCAAGCGUUCAUGGAGCUUACCUUGAUUUCUGAGGACACCACUUGGUGGUUAUUCACUCUCCCUGCUAUUCUUAAACUCCAAGCCUUUUUCAACACUCCUCUUGUACUCUCUAUCUUUACAAUCAUUGCCAUUUUGGGUACUCUCGGGCUUCUCACUUGGGCUUUCUCCACUUCUGGCCCAGCCUGGAAAUAUGGCAGGAACCAAAUGGGCCGAGUCCCAAUCCCUGGAUUCCGAGGCCUUCCCAUCUUUGGCAGCUUAUUCAGCUUGAGCCAUGGCUUGGCUCAUCGCACUCUCGCAUCCAUGGCUUCAAGCCAAGCUGCCACCCAGCUCAUGGCUUUCAGCUUGGGCUCAACCCCAGCUGUCAUAGCCUCGGACCCAGUCACGGCUCGUGAAAUCCUGACCUCUCCCCACUUCGCCAACCGUCCGAUCAAACACUCGGCUAAGCAGCUCAUGUUCAGCCGAGCCAUAGGGUUUGCCCCUAAUGGAACAUACUGGCGGCUCCUCAGAAGAAUAGCCUCUUCUCACCUCUUUGCGCCCAAGCGCAUAUUAGCCCAUGAAGCGGGACGUAGGCUAGACUGCGCCGCCAUGUUGAGUUCCAUAUCCAAAGAACAAACUCUUCAUGGGUUUGUAGUUCUAAGAAAGCACUUACAAGCUGCUUCUCUGAACAAUAUAAUGGAGAUUGUGUUCGGAAAAAGGUACGACACGGUGCACGAUAGCGACGAGGAGGCUCGAGAGGUUCAACAGAUUGUGAGAGAAGGGUUUGAGCUCUUGGGAGCUUUUAACUGGUGUGACCAUUUGCCAUGGUUGAAGUAUUUUUACGAUCCAUUUUGCAUCGAUGAACGUUGCGUAGCUCUUGUUCCUCGGGUGAAAAGGCUCGUGAAUCGAAUCAUCGAUGAGCACCGACGAGGAAGAGUUAGUGGGUCUGUGAAACUCUCCGACGAUUCUGAUUUUGUCGACGUUUUGCUGUCUUUGGAGGGUGAAGAGAAGCUCGAGGAAGACGAUAUGGUGGCAGUUUUAUGGGAAAUGAUCUUUCGCGGUACCGACACAACUGCUCUUCUAACCGAAUGGGUCAUGGCCCAGCUAGUUCUGAAUCCAGUAAUCCAAGCCAAGCUUCAACACGAGCUCGAAACCCUCAUAGGAACCAAAACUGUGACAGACAAUGACAUCUCCAAACUACCCUAUCUUCAGGCAGUGGUAAAAGAGACCCUACGUGUCCAUCCACCUGGACCCCUCCUCUCAUGGGCCCGCCUGUCCACAUCAGAUGUCCACCUCAGCAACGGCAUGGUCAUACCUGCCGACACAACAGCCAUGGUCAACAUGUGGGCCAUCACACAUGACCCCAAUGUGUGGGACGACCCUACGGUGUUCAAGCCUGAGAGGUUCUUACCCUCUGAAGUCGGCGGUGUUGAUGUGACCUCCGGCUUUGACGUGAGGGGCAAUGACCUUAGGCUUGCACCGUUUGGAGCCGGGCGUAGGGUUUGUCCGGGGAAGAACCUAGGGUUAGUCACUGUGAGCCUUUGGGUGGCUAAGUUGGUGCACCAUUUCAAGUGGGUUGAGGACAUAUCAGCUCACCCUAUUGACCUAAGUGAAGUGUUGAAGCUGUCUUGUGAGAUGAAGAACCCUCUCUCAGUUGUGGCUGUUCCAAGGACUAGUGUUUCUACAUUUUAGGGUUUUAAGUAUCAUAAUUGUAAUGCUAUUAUGCUAUACAUAAUAGAUUUCUCAUCAAGUUUUUUUACUAUUAAACACAAAAUUAGUGAAUUCCACGUUAAUAACUAUAUGUGGGAUUCAUAAUUUUGUUUUGUUUAGUAGUAAGAAAAUAAGAUAAGAAAUUAUGUAUGGCAUUUUUAAUUUUAAAAUGUUAUGAAAAUAAUAAGUUUAUGUGUUUUUAUUAAUGCAAGUCCUAUGUCUAGCAAUAAGAAUAAAUAAAAUUUUAAGUUUUGUUAUAGGAUUUUCUGUAAUAAAAUAUUGUCUCUCUCCACGUCUGGGUGAAGAAUAAGAAUA